AGACUAAAAUGUUACAGUUCACGCGCGCCAGCGCCGCCGCAGCGAGUGGACAUGACUUAGGCAGUAGGUAUACUAGUGCUCCAGCAUCAGCACUUGUAUGGCAUAGAGUGUGCCCAUGCGGCAUACCGCUGACCCAGCCUCGCGUCGCUCGGACCACUGGGCGCCUCGGCCCCUCGGCGACCGCCGGCGGUGUGGCCCGCGGCCUGGCGUGCAGCUCCGCAACCAGCGGCCCGGCGGCGGCAGUACUCAGCAGCAGCAGCCCCCACCUUGCCGCCGCCACACCUGCUGCCACAUGGGCUGGCGGCGGUCUGCGGCAGCUACUGCCGCUAGCCGCGUGGGCCCGUCAAGCCGCACCGGCGCCCGCCACUGCCGCACCUGCAGCAGCCGGGGCGCGCAGCUGUCUCCUGCAGCCGGGGCGGCGCGCACAGCAGCAGGUGCUGGCGGCUGCGGGGAGGAGCUGCAAGGAGUCAUUGAUCAGCGGCUGGCGGUGUGGUGCGAGCGGCAAGACGUGAGCACCAUGUCAGCUGCCUUCGGCCGUUGUGGCAAGCUGGAGUCAGCACGCGCCGGCGGGCCCACCGCCACAGCCGCGGCCCGUGCCGGCAUCAUUGCGGCCCUUGCGCCUGCUCUCCUUCCGCUCGUGCCGCGCAUCCGCAAGCCAGUUGACUGCAGCAUUCCACUGUUGGCUCUGGCGAAGGCCGGGGCUGCCAGCGACGGGCGUGUGGAGUCACAGCUGGCGCCGGCACUGCUGCAGCGGCUGGUGGAUCCAGUGUUGCUGGAUGGUGCCACUCCCCAGGCCCUGGCGAACUCACUGUAUGCCCUGGGCAAGCUGCGGGAGGACACGCAGCAGCGGGGCUCGGGCUGGGACCCCACUUCAUCGCCGCAUCUGAAAGCGCUGGCGAGCGCUGUGGCCUCGCGGCUGCGUGCGGCGAGGGGGCACGGCUUCACCGCCCAGGGUGCUUCUAACAGCCUGUGGGCGUGCGCCAAGCUGGAGUACCGCGACUCAGACCUCCUGCUGCCGCUGGCGGAGGCGGCCGCAGCCCUUGCCCCGGACAUGAAUGCGCAGGAACUAUCCAACAGCCUGUGGGCGUGGGAGGCUUUGGGCUGCACCGGACCGGCGUUUCGGGCAGUGCUGGAGACGCUGUACGGUGCGGCGCUGCGGCAGCUGCGAACACCGAAGGAAGCUGAAGCAUUCAAGCCGCAGGGCCUGUCCAACAUCCUGCUGGCGCUGGAGGGGCUGCAGCUGCGAGGCAAGCAGUCCGAGCUGCUGGCGUCGGCUGUGGCUGCAGAGGGUGUGCGGCGGGGCUUUGCCGGCUUUGAACCGCAGCACCUCAGCAACUCGGCGUGGGCCCUGGCCAAGAUGGGGUAUGGGGUGGGUGCAACGCCGCAAGCCAUGGAGCAGAGCCCCUGGUACGCGGCCGCGGUGGCAGCAGCUCAGCGGCCCGGGGUCAUGGCCGGCGCCAAGCCGCAGGAUUGGGCCAACCUGCUGUACGCGCUUGCGUUGGUGCGGCACCAGCCGCCGCCCGUGCUGCUUGACGCUAGUGCCGCGGCGGCGAUGCAGCGAGGCAGUGCACAACACUGUGCAAACUCGCUGUGGGCACUGGCGGUGCUGCAGCUGCGUCACGUCGGCUUGGAGGCGGCGGUGUGCGGCCGGCUGGGUGAGCUGCUGCGGCAAGGCCCGGAGUCGCUUGCUGAACAGGACCUUUGCAAUGGCCUAUGGGCUCUAGUGGCGCUGGCAGGCGGCGGUGGCCCUGCUAGCCCGGCUGCCGCUGCGCUGGCCCCGGCACUUGCCCGUGAGGCCGCGCGGCGUUGUGAGGAGCUUCAGGCCGAGGCGCUAAGUCAGCUCUGGCAGGCGCAACAUGAGUUGGGCGGUGAGGUGACAGAGGCUCUUGCCCGCAGCCCCGACCUGCUAGCCGCGAUGGAGGCGGCGGUGGCUGCCAAGCGGGCGACGGGGUCAAACACCAGCAGACUGCAGGAGCAGGUGGCAGAGGCGCUUCAGCGACUGCUGCAGAAGGGUCGCCUGCCCAUCGUUUCGGUGCGGACGGAGGUGGUGGUGGAGGGCGUGCUGGGGCGCGUGGAUGUUGUGGCGGACUGGAGCGACGGGCGGAGAGUGGCCAUUGAGGUGGACGGUCCAGACCACUUUCUCAUCGACCGGAAGGACGACCCGUCCGCGGUAGUCGGAUCCACGGCCCUGCGUAACCGGCAGCUGCGGCGGGCGCUAGGUGAGGGAGGCCUGCUGUGUGUGCCGUACUGGGAGUGGGACAGGCAGAAGACUUCCUCCGCCCAGGAGGCCUACCUGCUGCAGCGGCUGCAGGAUCUGCUAUCGGGCGCUUCGUCAGGAGCAUCAGCAGGGUAUGGCACCGCUGCCGCCCGUCGCCGCAAGGAGCAGCGCACGACUCGGCUGCAGCCGGACACUGCCAAUAGCCCCACCAGCGCCAGCACUGCCGCCAGCACCAGCACCACCGCUAGCAGCAGCCAGAAACGACGCAUCCUGGUUGUCCGCAAAAAGGCGCCAAUGCAGGAGGCGGCCGGCGGCGGAGGGGCGGGAGGGGCCUCAGGUGCAACAGCAACUGCAGCGACGAUACCGGCGGAGGCUAAGGUGGUGGCCCCUGCCUUGCAGCAACAGGCAGAGGAGUCGCAUCAGCUCCCCAACAUUGGCGCUGGUGGCGGUGCUGGCGAGGGCGGAGGAGACGGAACUCCUCUGGCGCCGCAGCCUCCACCACCGCAGCAGCAGCGCGUGUCAGCGCCCCGGGCGCGUCGCAGCAGCAGCCAAAGCCGUAGCCGCAGCAGCCAGGCGGGCUCGCCUUCUCCUCCUCCUCCUCCUCCUCCGGUUCAGGCCCCGCCGCCGGAGCAGAUGCAGGUGGCAGCGCCACCCAGGCGGGCCGCGGGUGGGAAGUGGACUGAGCGGAAAGCAGCGGCGGCUCCGGCAGCAGGCGGCGGUGGCGGCGGUGGCGGCGGCAGUGACCCCGGGGCGGUGUUGGUGCCAGCCGCGGUCUCUGAGAAGCGAUAGUCGGUGGUGGCCGGGGAGGCGGACUCGUCGGCAGCAGCUGUAGAAUGUGGUGGUGGUGAUGGUAGUGGCAAUGGCGGGGGCCUGCUCGCGGGCAGCAGGCGGAAGCGGGCGGUGGGGACCGGCAGGCGCGCGGCACAGAAGCCUAGCAGCAGCGAGUGAACGAAAGGGGGCGGAGCAGUCAAUGGGGUAAAAGAAUUCGGCACAAACAUGCACACGUCUUGUGAUUUGCGUUCUGUUACUCCUUGUGUACUGGCCAAGCAUAUGCGUGUGUAUAUGGAGCACUGAGUGCAACAUGCUAGGGCGCGCCGCGACGGGCUUUGGGCUUUUGUGUGGCGUGUGUUUGGUGCGAUGCCCAGUACGGUAGGCAUCUGUGGUGACUGUCAGGCAGGUGAGCGGCCGUGGGGCCCAGAGGCGGCCAUACACGGGGUGCAGUGAGGGGCGUGGCAUGAGAGGAGUCAGCGCACACAUACCAGCUAGGUAUUGACACGUGCAUACACGGCGCGUUAAAGGCACCAGGUUUGCGGCAUGCUGUAUGUAUUGUUUGUUGUGUAGGUGCGCAGGGCCACGGGUCAGCGGUGGCAGUGGCCGUGGCCCGGGGCGUGUGUGUGUCACUGUGUUGGUGGCGGCUGACGUGGCGAGCAGGCGUGACGGUAGGGGACAGGUGGAGGAGGGGGCGGAGCGUGGGGGCGGAGGCAGAGGUGGAAGUUGGGGUUUGCAGUACGUGUAGCAGGCCAUAGCUGGGCCCGGUUGGCUGGCAAUACGAGGUGCAGCAUGUCUGUGGUGGGGUUCAUGCCCAUCGGUAUGCCUCCUAGAUGUGUGGAGGCAGCACAGCCAGCACUGAGGCUAACAUCAAGUUCAUGAGCAUAAAGCGGUCUCGCCCCCGGGGGCGGAAGAAUGCGGAUGGUACAGAGGGGACAGUCCCAGCACCCGAAG